UUACGAUAUAUAUGAAGCAGACUCUACAGAAGAAAUGUUUAUUGGGAUAGGAGAGUACGAUGGAGAGAGGAACGAAAAUGGUGAAAGACACGGAGAAGGACGAGCGGUCUAUUAUAAUGGCGAUAUUUAUCAAGGAAAGUUUGAAAAUGKAAAACGACAUGGGUUUGGCAUAUACACUUUUAAAAAUAUAUCUAAUGCAAGAUACACAGGACAAUAUUGUAGAGGCAAACGGGARGGMGAGGGAAUAUUCCAGUAUCCAAAUGGUUCGAGAUAUGAAGGUGAAUGGAAGAAUGGUGUCCGGUCUGGACAGGGCACCUAUACCUACACUAAUGGUGAUGAGUACGUUGGCUGSUGGAAAGACGAUAAACGUCAUGGUAAAGGACAGUACAAGUACAAGGACCAGAACAUAAAAUAUGAAGGUAACUGGGAAUAUGGCCUAAUGUCAGGUCCGGGCAAGUUAAUCACCCCUACCUAUAGUUUUAUUGGUAUGUUUGAGGAAGGAAGACCUGUUAGCGAUGGCCGUUAUGUCUUUAAUGCAGGRUGCACACAGGAUGGCCACUACUAUGACAAGCGUUGCGUGACCCAGACCAACGAUAACCGGAAGAUUGUAACGCACAUACCACAUUGGAAAUGUCAUUCAAUGUAUUUUUCAGUUUCUGAAUAAGAACAAAAUCCACAUUAAAUUGUUAAUGUAUUGCGAUGUAAUAAUAAAGACGUCUUGAU